AUGGAGGAGGGCGCUGGGCUCCGGCUCGGCAAUCUGGUACCGCACCUGGACGGCUGGGCGGUGAGCAUUGGUGAGGAGGGCAAGCGCCUCAUCCAAGAGAGAGCUCAAAGGGCUUGGGUCUGUUCGAAUGGCGUGUGUGUGUGUGUGUGUGUGCUGGGCUGUGGUAACUGCAAGCAAAUUUCCACUGUGGGCAGGCAAAAGCAAAGCUACCACGCUGCUGCUAGCACAGCUGACGACGACGCCGACAAUGAUGAUACGAUGGGGCUACUCGGGCUACGCUACGAGGGCUGCUGGGGCUGCGCAAGUGUGUGUGUGUGUGUGUGUGUGUGUGUGUGUGUGUGUGUGUGUGUGUGUGUGUGUGUGUGUGUGUGUGUGUGUGUGUGUGUGUGUGUGUGUGUGUGUGUUAUUUGUCUCAGCUCGUUUGUGCGUGCGGGAUCGCAGGAACUUUGCGACGUGCAACUCGAUCCGACCUGGUCGUUUGGCUUUUUCACCGCCCGGGAUGCAACUGCGGCGCAACGGCAUUGUGACGUCCUCAACGGCUUGACCGACCAAGCCAUGCAUGCGGCCAAGCCUGCCUCUGCCGCAACUUCAUCUGUUGAAGGCUCCGAUUCCACUGUACCCCCCUCCUCUAGCCCAGAGUUCCCUCUACUCUUGCGCUGCCAGCGCUGUGCCGAUGUCACACCCGGUCGAAACCCGCGCGUUUACAACCCGAAUACGCCUCCGGUGCCCAGUAUUGCCCUCAAGGGCCUAGCUGCGGACACAACGGCCGAGGAUGUGCGGGCCAUGCUGUCAUCCACGGGCUUGCCCAUGCCUGUCACCAUUGAGUUUUUGCCCAGUGCCGCUGAGCGGUCUCUUGAGACAGCCUUUUUAACUUUUGCUGACGUCAAUGAGGCCGACCGCGCUUGCCACAUCCUCUCCGCCGUCAUGUGUGAUGACCGUAUCUUGCGUGCCGAGUUUCGUCGCGGCGGCAAUCGCCUCGCGGGGCAAGUCUACUGUCCCCCGGAUGCGCUCUGCGAGCAGUUCUACAAGGACUUGAAACUCUUCAAAUCGUCGCGCGAGCAACGUCGUGAAUAUCGCGAUUUGCCCACCAUGGUCCAAACCCAAGUGCAUCUGAUGGCGGAGGUCCUCGGCUUGCGUCACCAAGCGCAAGUUGAGGACGCUAACAAAGUCGUGGUUCUCUGGAAGGCAACUUCGCGUUCACCCGCGCCCUCGCCCAAGCCGAGUGGCCACCGAAGCACCGCCGCCAGUGUCUCCCCCUCGGCAGAGCAGGCCCACCAACGCCACUCGCUCGAGCCCAUGGGCCGCCGCCGUAGCAACCCCACUAACAUGGCAGCUGCAGCUCGCAGUGCAGCCAGCUCGCUCUCACGCGGCGAAGACUUUCGUCGUCGUGCCCAGUCGGCCCCGCAUAGAGGCCGUGCUGCUCAGGCGGCACAAGCGGCUCGAGCUCGCUUGGGCGGGGUCCAUCAGAAUGCAUCUGCACCUAGUGGACCAGAUAGUAGUGGUGGAUGGCGCCAACAGGGCUUGCUGUCCGCCUCGAGCAGCGGUGCUCCCUCCCGCUCCCGCUCGCCACACGCCAUUACAAUUCCUCCGCGAACAACCUCCGGCUAA